CUGACCAUGGCCUCAGGCGGGUGGCCCUGGCGGCGCUGCUGCUCCUGGAGGCCGGCGGCCCGGAGCCCCGGGCCCGGCUCCCCCGGCCGCGCGGGGCCGCCCCGGACGCCCUCGGCUGCAGACGCGGGCGCUCAGAUGUCCUAUUUUAAUCUUGUGAAGAGUUUAACAUCUGCUUUUCCACAUAGGUAUAGUAUGUCACGGUUCCAUCACACGACGCUGGCGGUGUGCUGUUGUAGCAAAACACAGAGUGGGGAGAAAUACACUGACCCCUUCAAACUCGGUUGGAGACACUUGAACGGUCUGUAUGAGGACAUUAGAAAGGAACUACUCAUAUCUACAACCGAACUUAAGGAAAUGUCUGAAUACUACUUUGAUGGAAAAGGAAAAGCCUUUCGACCAGUUAUCGUGGUGCUAAUGGCCCGGGCGUGUAAUAUUCAUCAUAAUAAUUCCCGAGACGUGCAAGCAAGCCAGCGCUCCAUAGCCUUGAUUGCAGAAAUGAUCCACACUGCUAGUCUGGUGCACGAUGACGUCAUUGACGACGCGAGUUCUCGGCGAGGAAAACACACGGUUAAUAAGAUCUGGGGUGAACAGAAGGCUGUUCUUGCUGGUGAUUUAAUUCUUUCUGCAGCAUCUAUAGCUCUGGCACGAAUUGGAAAUACAACUGUGAUAUCUAUUUUAACCCAAGUUAUUGAAGAUUUGGUGCGCGGUGAAUUUCUUCAGCUAGGGUCAAAAGAAAAUGAGAACGAAAGAUUUGCACACUACCUUGAGAAGACCUUCAAGAAGACUGCCAGUCUGAUAGCCAACAGUUGUAAAGCAGUCUCUGUCCUAGGAUGCCCGGACCCAGUGGUGCAUGAGAUUGCCUAUCAAUACGGAAAAAACGUGGGCAUCGCCUUUCAGCUGAUAGAUGAUGUGUUAGACUUCACCUCAUGUUCUGACCAGAUGGGCAAACCAACAUCGGCGGACCUGAAGCUUGGAUUAGCCACGGGCCCCGUCUUAUUUGCUUGCCAACAGGUAUUAUGCCCACUCUACAAAUAAGAAAGUGAUGCGCAAACUUGGCCAAAAUUAGACAUCUGGUAAAUGGCACAGCAGACAAUUAAACACCAACUCCUCUAAGACCAGUAUUCCUUUCACUCCUCAAUGUCUUAUGGCCAGCGCGGACGUUGAUGAGAGCUUGUCUGAUCCCCGAUCCCCGGUGGGGCUUCCCACAGAGCAGGUAACUCGAGUGCUCUGGGGCUGGCGACGCUCCAGAAGAGCCUCUGUGUCAGCCCUCCGGAUCUGUCAUUAACCUGCCCAUUUAGCAGAGUCCUUGUAAGAUGUUCGUAAUCUUUUUCCAUAGGUGGGUGAGUUUUGUCUACCAAUUACUUAGUCUUUGAGUUUUUCCAUCUGCGAACUCUUGAGUCUCGACCACAACAAGCAACUUCGGGAAACCAUUUUUCCUUUUUAACACAGUUGUUGUCUUGACGGGAAUUUGUUGGACCCAGCAACUUAAUAGAAACUCCCUGUUUUUGGAAUUCACUAUUUUUGACAUCUCUCCAAAGAGAUGUCUGGAUAACAGUUAGUACAGGGGAUUUUAAGAAAAAUUCUGGGAUUUCUGGAGGGCUCCCAGUGAUGACGGUGUCCUUCCAUCUGUAUGUGUACACAUAUUUUCUGUAAGAACAAAAACGUCAUGUCAGAUCUUUUAAAAGAGCAUGUAAGUUGGAUCUUGAGCUCUUCAGAAACAAAAUAGAAGUGUUUUUUGGGUUUUUUUUUUUUCAUAAGAUUACAUUAGUUCUCAAUCCUUUAAAAGAUCAUUUCCUUUCUUCUGCUUCUCUUAUUUGAUAAGUCACCAGACCUAAAUGUCAUCCUUAGCGGCACUUCCAGCCACCCUCAGCAGCCCCAGCCCCCGCACCAGCUGUAUGGGCUUCUGUUAGUGUGACUAGCUGGUCCCCUAGCUACCCAGGUUUUGUUUGCGUAAGCUCACUACAUUUACUCAUCACCUUUGUUGUUUAGUUUAUGGAUACAUUUCACAGUUAGAAUAUGGUUUGUCCUACGCUUUUUUUUCCCCCUAAAGAUUUAUUUCAGAGAAAGAGAGAAAGCAGUGGGGGAGGGGCAGACUCCCCGCUGAGCGUGGAGCCGAACACGGAGCUCGAUCCCACCACCCCAAGAUCAUGACCUGAGCCGAAACCAAGAGUCAGACACUCCACCGACUGAGCCACCCAGAUGCCCCUGAUUCGUCCUACUCUUGAAAGGCCUCCCUGUAGGCCCUCCAACUAAAACAGCCUGGACAAACAAAAGUUUCCUUAUUUCUCACGAAGCCUGCAAGCAGGCAACUGUUGUUCCUGUCACGCUUCUCAUUUCUCCUCCACGUACACAGUUAAGGGGCCGGGGAUGCCUAGGGGAACAGUUCAGUAUUUGCAUAUUAAAACUGCACACACCACAUGUUUAAAGGAAGGAUGUAGCCACACUCGUUGCAAAUAUUUUCUUCAAACUUUGCUGUCUCGAUGCUUUUUAUAGUAAAAGGAGUCAGCACACACAGCACAUUUUACCACCCUUGUUGGUACUGCAGAAAAAGCUCACGUACCAUAAACGAGGUAAUUUUACUAGAUGUCCGGGACAGUGUCCUGUCAGCUCUGAGGAUAUGGCCUUCCAGAAGUGCAAUUUUGGAAUGCGGUUUUAAGACAAAUGCUUACUUGAUUUGGCUUUUCUACCCCUAAAAUUGAUUGAUGUGAGCUUCCUGAUGUUUCCUGUGAAACUUAAAUUGUUCUAUUCUUAAAGGCCAGUAACUAAAACAAAUUACCGGUUUUCUUUUAAGAACUAACCAUUUGCUGGCCUUUACGUUUUAUAAGCAUGUGAGCAGCCUCUACGUGUUUAGAACUUUGUUCCAACGCAUACUUUGCUCUGAAAGGAACAUUCUUAAUUCUUCACCUGUCAUCAUCCGGCUGAGGUUUUUCUAUGUGUGCCCUAUUUUUUCUUCUAGGAUUACUAAUACCGUGGUGGUGGUUACAGGACAACAACUUCAGGCUCACUGCCAGAGAAAAGCUGGCAACUGCCGUAAGCACUGAUGUGUCCAGGACCAAAGCUAUCUUAACUCUUACGUCAGGGAACCAGAAGCUGCUAGAGCUCACAGGUCUCAGCUCAUUUGGUUAAGCUCCCUCACGACACUGAAGGGGAGGCUAGGACGCACAGGUCAUGGAGCUCACUCGACUACGGAGGCACCAGGACUAGAGCUCCGGUCUAGAAAAUGAAGUGAUCUGGUGUCCUGACUUCCUGGUUUUGUUAAUGGUGACAAUUCUCCUGAAUUGUUGCUACAUGUUGCAGAAUAUAGAUUUUUAUCUUCAGUGUACCUAUUUUCUUUUUUUCUCUCGGUGCCACAGCUUAACUUUGGUCGUCUUUAAAAUUAACUACAGUAACGUGACUGGCCUCUCUACCUCCUGUAAUUCAGUGGUUCUCAAACUUGGCUGCACAUUAAAAAUACCGGGAGUGCUUUCAAAAUCUUGAUGCCCAGGCCAGACCCCACCCCAGCCAACAUAAUCAGAAUCUUUGGGAGCAGAUCCAGGCAACCAUAAGCUUCCCGACUGACUCCAGCGUGCAGUCAACACAGCACUCCCUGCUCUGAUCCACUUGACAAGCUGCUGAGGUAGAACUCUGCUCAUAAUACCCUCUGCUCAGAUACCUCAGUAGCUUUCAAGUGUCACUCAGGUUAGCACUAAAAGUAGAAUGCCUAAUUCCCACCCUCAUCCUAGGCUACUGCUUCUCAAAAUGUCAGCAGAGACCAGCAGAAUCCAUAUCAUCUGGGAAUCUGUUAGAAAUGCAUGCUGAGGCCCCAGUCCUACUGAUCAAGGAAGGAGUGGCCCAACAGGCCUCUGGUGAUUCUGGUGCAAUCUAAAGUUUGAGAACUGUAAGAGAAGCCAACAAGGAGAUUUUAGGGAUGUAGUUUGUUCCUUUGCUCUUUCUCACUCAGUGUUGGACCCAAGAAUAGAAUAGAAAGAACACCAGAAUGAACAAGGAUCAACAGCUGCCUCUCCUGAGCAUGAGCUCAGUCCCUGGGCAUGGAAAAUGGAUGUCUCUCUUAGCUCUGCUUCUUUAAUUGCUACAAUUUAUUGCCCCCACCACCAUCUAAACAUUUAAUCACCUUUUUGUCUUUUCCUAUUGUUACAAACUUAGUGUUAGAACAUUUGAUUUUCACAAGAGCAAUAAAUAAAUAUUUUCUUU